AUGUCGCUACGAGAACAGCUUGUCAGUCGCAGAAGCAGCAAUUCUUGCGCAGUAGCUUCACCCCCGCCAUCUUUGAUUAGGGCAAAAUCUCCUCGGUUUCUCCAGCUGCCACUUAAGUCUGCACUGAAAACCCCGCCGCCGCCGCCGCCAGCACCAUGGCAACAGAAGAACCUUGAAGGAUAUGUGGGGUUUGCAAAUCUCCCCAAUCAAGUUUAUAGAAAAUCUGUGAAGAGAGGGUUUGAAUUCACACUCAUGGUAGUAGGUGAAUCUGGAUUGGGAAAAUCAACACUAAUCAACUCAUUAUUCCUGACGGACUUAUAUUCUCCAGAGUAUCCAGGACCUUCCCAUAGAAUUAAAAAGACAGUACAGGUUGAACAGUCUAAAGUUCUAAUUAAGGAAGGUGGUGUUCAGCUGCUACUAACAAUAGUUGACACACCGGGAUUUGGCGAUGCAGUGGAUAAUAGCAAUUGCUGGCAGCCAGUUAUUGACUACAUUGACAGUAAGUUUGAAGACUAUCUCAAUGCAGAAUCACGUGUGAACAGACGUCAGAUGCCAGACAACAGGGUGCAGUGUUGCUUAUACUUCAUUGCUCCUUCAGGACAUGGACUUAAGCCUUUGGAUAUUGAGUUUAUGAAGCGCUUACAUGAAAAAGUGAAUAUCAUUCCUCUUAUUGCCAAAGCAGACACACUUACACCUGAAGAAUGCCAACAGUUUAAAAAGCAGAUAAUGAAAGAAAUCCAAGAGCAUAAAAUUAAAAUAUAUGAAUUCCCGGAAACAGAUGAUGAGGAAGAAAAUAAGCUGGUUAAAAAGAUAAAGGACCGUUUACCUCUUGCUGUAGUUGGUAGCAAUACUAUCAUUGAAGUCAAUGGCAAAAGAGUUAGAGGAAGGCAAUAUCCUUGGGGCGUUGCAGAAGUUGAAAAUGGUGAACACUGUGACUUCACAAUUCUAAGGAACAUGUUGAUAAGAACUCAUAUGCAAGAUCUGAAGGACGUAACUAAUAAUGUCCAUUAUGAGAACUACAGGAGCAGAAAAUUAGCUGCUGUUACAUACAAUGGAGUUGACAACAACAAAAACAAAGGGCAGCUAACAAAAUUUGACACAGUUGAAGGCAUGAGCCCUCUGGCACAAAUGGAGGAAGAACGGAGAGAGCAUGUGGCAAAAAUGAAGAAAAUGGAGAUGGAAAUGGAGCAAGUAUUUGAAAUGAAGGUCAAAGAAAAAGUUCAGAAACUGAAGGAUUCUGAAGCUGAGCUCCAGCGGCGUCAUGAACAAAUGAAAAAGAACUUGGAAGCCCAACACAAAGAACUGGAGGAAAAACGCCGCCAGUUCGAGGAUGAAAAGGCAAACUGGGAAGCUCAGCAGCGUAUUUUGGAACAACAAAAUUCUUCCAGAACUUUGGAAAAGAACAAGAAGAAAGGGAAGAUAUUUUAAAUAUGCUUACUGACCACCAGUGAUAUAUUAGUUGCCAAUAUUCCAGCCUGGACAUCAGUGUGUGUUGGAUCUGUUUGACCAAUCUUGCACCAGUUGUAUCCAUUUCUAUGGAUUUAACAGCAUGACAAAAUAUUUGUUUAUUUUGAUGGCAAUUGAGAUGCCUUGAAUUGUUUAAGGUGUUGUAUACUUAGGAAAACAGAAAAGCUCUAAGUACCCUUUUUAAAAAGUCAUUUUAAUGCAGAAGAACAUUUUACUGUUGUACAAUCAUGUUCUGGUGGUUUGAUUUGUUUACAGAAUAUUCCAAUAUACAAGGACUUGGGAAGGUUUUCCAUAAGGAUACAUUGCCAUAAUAUAAUAUGAACUAUGCUUCUAUUACAAAAAAUUCCAUUCAGUGCAGCAUAUAUAAUAAUGUAAUUUAGUCUAACACAGUUGACCCUAUUUUUGACACUUCCAUUGUUUAAAAAUACACAUGGAAAGACAAACAUAUAGGCUUAUGGUGCACCUAAAAGCUUUUUAUAACAACCCUUUUUUGUUUUGGAUUCUUUGAAUAUAUGCUAUUCUCAUUUAGUAACUACUUUAGCCAGAAUAAUUUCAUUACUGCUUCAUUUUUGUAAUAACAUAUAAUUUAGAUAUUUUUCCAUAUAUUGGCCCUGCUAAAUAGAAUGUAGUUUCUUUCAUACGGUAGGAACCAGUGAAUAAAACUUUUCCUUUAACUCCCUUUUUACAUUUUAUGGUAAGUAGCAGGAAAAUGCAUUUAUAGGUCAUUUCUAGGAAAAAUUGUGGAGUUAACCACCAACCUGUUUCUACCUGUGUGCAGUCUGUCUUCUACUAGAAAUGAGAAUCAUGGCCUCUUGAGAAAAGUUACCAUUUUGCAUUUAGCUGUAUUCAUAUACUGCAUUUCUGUAUUUUUGUUUGUAUUGUAAAAAGUCACAUAAUAAACAAUGUUGUGAUGUAA